GCAGAGGGCAGGGUCUUAUUUGUCAGAUAAAGACAGCCCUCACCACACACUCACUCUGAUCUCAGUACAAGCAUCAUGCGCUGCUGCUUCUUCCUCCUGGUUUAUUGUUUGUCAAGUAUGACAUGCUCAGAGCUGCUGAGCCGUCAUAAAAGGAUGUGGAUCAUUGAUUCCUUUGAGAUGGAAGAGGAGAAUCCAGGUCCUUUUCCUUAUGUGCUGGGCAGGGUUAACAUUGAUCGGAACUAUCGAGUUUUCUUUGAACUGUUCGGGGAAGGAGUGAAUCUGGAGCCAACUGGAGUUUUGUCCAUUCAUAAAGACACCGGCACAUUGUACGUCCACAAAGCCGUGGACUAUGAGACGAUUCAAUUACUCAAGCUCGGAUUUAACUCAGUAAAAACGGAUUCAUCGCUUGACACCAAAUUGGGAAUCGAGAUUUCCAUACGAGACAUCAACGACAACCCACCGCGCUUCCAGAGGGACUUGUAUGAACUCAGCGUCGAUGAGGCAGACACCCAAGGCUCCCAUCUACUGACUGUGCUGGCAUAUGACAGAGACCAGAGAGGAACGCCGAACUCAACUUUCCAUUACGAAAUCAAAUCUGUGUCUCCGAACUCUCCAGACACCGAAUUCUUCAUUGAUGGGUCUGGAGCGAUCUCAUUUAAGGGAUGUUUGGAUUAUGAGGUGGCCGACAUGUUUGAAGUACUGGUGGAGGCUAAAGACCACGGGGAAGUGGUCAGCCUGUCCAGUUCAACCACUGUCAUGAUUCAUGUCCAGGACGGCAACAACUACCUGCCCAUCAUCACUGGUCAAACAGGUAGCCGCAAAGUGAAGGAAGAUGAGACUGGGUCCUCUCCUCUGCGGCUGCACGUGACGGACAAAGACAGUCCAGGCAGCCGAGCGUGGAGAGCCAGGUACACCAUACACGGAGACAAGGGGGAACACUUCAGGAUAGAAACUGACCCAGCCACAAAUGAUGGAAUCCUGACAGUAGUAAAACCUUUAGAUUAUGAGAAGGGACCACAGAGAGAGCUGUCCAUAUCGGUGGAAAAUGAAGCACCCUAUUUCUCCUGUAAAGUGAAGGAGAGGACGCGCUCCGGCCUCUGGAAAGUCGACAUCAAUAAAGAAAGCGACGCCGGUGCAGGUCGGCCUCACUCUGCAGACGACGACACUCACAAAGGAGGCGACGCCGGUGCAGGUCGGCCUCACUCUGUAAAAGUUGUCAUCGAGGUGGAGGAUGUCAACGACCCCCCAGUGUUUAGCGUGGACGUCAUAGUGGCCACGGUGGAGGAAAAUGCACCCACUGGGACCUGGGUAAAGAAAGUGACUGCUGUGGAUCAUGACACCAUUCAAGCGAAAGAUUUUGUUUACAAGAUAGGAAAUGAUCCUGCAGGCUGGGUAACGGUAGAUCCCCACACAGGUGACAUCACUACAGUGAAGCCACCGGACAGGGAAUCUCCUCAUGUUGUUGACGGCCUCUACACCAUCUUAUUGCAUGCUGUUGAUGAUGGUAAGCCUCCUAUGACAGGCACAGCUACGCUGCAUAUGUACAUUGCUGACCAGAAUGACAACAUCCCACAGCCAACAGUGGACUAUGUGACCGUCUGUGUUUCCGACGGCCCCUCGACUACCAACAUCACAGCUUUUGACCGGGAUGAUGAUCCCUUUGGAGGGCCUUUUUCGUUCGAGCUGCUGGGGGAUGUCGAAGGAGAGUGGGAACUGAAUCCAUCACAUGGUUACACAGCUGGCCUGGUGAAGCAGCCUAAUGUGUACGCGGGUCCGUACACAAUUACUCUGAAGAUCUCUGACAUGCAGGGAGAGUUUGGUGUUUACAACCUCAGUGUGACUGUGUGCAGCUGCUCUGUGUUGCCCAACUGCUUAAGCCGCAGACACACUGCAGAAAAAGCCGACUCCGCCGCUAUUGGCAUCGUGUUUGCCUCCUUGUUUUUACUUUUGCUUGCUCUGCUGGGGACACUCUUUAUCAGCCGCAAAACAGAGUUCACCCAUCUGCAGAGCGACAGUUCCUGUGGAGACACACUUGUCCAAUCAAACACAGAGAAUCCAGGAACAGAUUGCCAGGUACCUACCAGUGCUCAGGCAGUGCCAGUUAAUGACAAUCACCAUGAUCGGCAGGACGGACAGCAUGAGACAGGGUUUUCAACAAUGGAGCAUGUGAAGCAUGGAUUCAUCUAUCAGCGCACUGAGGAUCACUGGAGGAAAGAUCUUUCCUACCAGUUCAGCAACAGAUGGAACCAGGUUGAGGAUGCGAGCACCAUGAACCUCCUCUACAGAACAUACAGCAGCCGUGCAGGUCUCCUCGCCUUACUUCAUUGGAGACUCGCUUCUCUCCAGGACACAGAAAAUGAAUUGUUGGACUACGAGCCUCACGUGUAUGCAGAGGAGGGGGAGCCCAAUGAACCCGGGGGGAACUCUGAGCUGGAGAAUAUUGCCAUCCCCGAUGACGAGUCAUUUCAGAAAGCACUAAAAAAUUUGGACGCAAGAUUUAAUCAACUGGCUUCAGUUUGCAAGCCACCAAACUUACAAAAUUGAACCCUCUCAUUUUUGUUUACAUUUUCUUUGUUGCGUUUUCACUUAGUUUAGGUGACAUUUGUUCUCAAUUGAUGAGAAUUCAGUGAUACGGUUUGUUAAUCACAUGUUUGUUUUUUUUAAUAGCAACUGUUAAGUGUUUUGCUGAAGUUUUCAUUUUACAAGUGGGGAGGGAAAAAAAAACAAAACAAAACAAAAAAAAACAAUAAAACAGAAAGGUACUGCUGUCUGGCCAUUCAACUCAAUUUGAAUGUCUUCUAGGGUCAACCUUGAGUUAUGUCUGGACAGCUGAGUAGACAUGU